AUGUUCAGUUGGUUUUCAUCGUUUGUUCUUGGUAUCGCCGUCGUCGUCGGCGUACAGAGCUGUUUCCCUGGUGGGGAUAAUGAGUUCGAGUACAUUGAGGAUCCAGUAUUCACUAUGGAUAUAAGCCCACCUGUCGGUUGGACGUACUUCCCACAAAAGAGCAGUGACAACUAUCAGAUUUGGUACUUUAUCGGUCAAUCGAAUGACAGCUUGAUCGCCGAGAUGAGAGCGAACAACGAGAUAAAAGCAUCUAUGAUCGAAGCCAUGGCCGCUGCAAACAUGCCAGUUUAUGGUGUUGAAAUCACAAACGACUAUGCACCCGUUCAGAAAUAG